CCUUAGCAGCGUGCUAGCUGCUGACACGCUGGUGCGCCGCGUGCCUCGCUCGUGGAUAGUUAGGUAUGAUGAGCGGACGGGCGAGCGCGGUAGUUGUCGGCGCGUGUGGAGCGCUUUUCAUCGCCUACUGUAUUUAUUUUGACAGGAAGCGAAGGAGUGACCCUCGCUUCAAGGAAAAGCUACUUGAACGUAGAAGAAAGCAUAACGUUUCUAGUGAAAAGUCGGGAGUGGCAAGGCUACCUGACCUGAAGGACGCGGAAGCUGUUCAGAAAUUCUUUUUGGAGGAAAUCCAGCUGGGAGAGGAGCUCCUGUCACAAGGUGACUUUGAGAACGGUGUGGAGCACCUGACCAAUGCCAUAGCAGUCUGCGGUCAACCUCAGCAGCUGCUCCAGGUGCUCCAGCAGACGCUGCCGCCUCCAGUCUUCCAAAUGCUGCUCACCAAAUUGCCCACCAUCAGCCAGCGAAUCAUUAGCUCUCAGCCUUUAUCAGAAGAUGACGUUGAAUGAAUGUGAAAGGGAAUCGUCCGCUGUCGGCCUUUUAAAGGAAGAUGCCGUUGAAUAAAUGUGCGAUUGCGGGUGAGAUAGAAAUCUGCUAUCACUCAGAUUGUCUUGAUUAUUUCAGACACUAUUUGUGCACUGACUGGUUGUGACUGCAGUUGUGAGCUUGGUAAUGACAGAGCUCGACCUUUGGACAUCAGGUGACAAUGGCUCCUCUAUCAUGGCACUCCAAGGUUAAAAAAAAAAAAAACGUUUCUGGGAGAUGUUAAACACAUUCCAUCUUUCUAAUCGUAUUCCUGUCUGUUUAUUCUAUUACUUUUUCUCAAACGUAACUUUGUGCUUUAUUUGGGGGACUUCGCUGAUAUGUACUUAAUAAAAACAAAGGUAUGUAAAUGAUUUGUUACAUACUGCUGCACAGUUUAAAUGUGAAGUACGUCUACGAGUGCCUACACAAAGCAGAACACUUGUUUGUGGAAUGUUGUCAAGUUUUCAAUAUUCUUUUUGCAAUGUCAGUAAAAUGUUGUUUUUAUAUUCCAGUCUGUCAUACCUGGAAAUAUUUUGUUUAAAAUCCUGCAAUAAAACAUGAAA